AUGGCCGUGUUUCGGUGGUACAAGCUUCGAUCCAAACCAGGGAAGAAAGAAAAGGAGAGAGGGGAGAUCGAAGUGGAUAUCCAGUUUAUGAGGAGCAACAUGACAGCCAGUAUGUUUGAUCUGUCCAUGAAAGACAAGUCUCGCUCUCCCUUUGGCAAGCUCAAAGACAAGCUCAAGGGGAAGAGGAGCAGUGGCCUUUCCGACACGGCGUCGGCGAUCAUUCCCAGCACGACUCACUCCCCCGCUGACAGCGAGGAUGAGUCGGUUGAGAAGGAAAAGAAGAAAUCAAAGUUCAAAGCCCUGUUUUCUAAACCUGGCCUGCAGAAGACUUCUCUCUCCCAGUCCAUGUCAGUCCUACCGACGCAGUCGCCUGUCACCGGGAGGGUUCGGCUCCGGCCCAGCGACUUCCAGUCGCAAUGGGACGACGAUGAUGACGAGUUUGAGAUCUCUCCGACCUCAGAAAAAGCCUUUGGAAAUGUCCUGGAAGAGAAGUCCUCUCCUCCUCCUGUAUUGAAAUCUCGUAAAACAGCAACUUUGGACAGCAGGCAGCUAAACCAAGUAACCGCUGGCCACACCAAGAAAGAAGGGCUCUCUUUGUUCAGUGGCCUUAAAUCCAAAAACGAUCCUGUGUCCAAGUCUAGUCUGUGCAUCAAUGGCAGUCACGUUUAUAUGGAAGAGAGCACGACGAAAGACAGCACUCCUGCAUCUACCCCCUCUCCUCACAACUUCAGGAGGAAGCAGCUCUUUGCUUCAGAAGAGAACCUGUCCUCCAGGCCUGCUAAAGGCCCUGAGGAGACGGGCAGAACGUCUCCUAGCCAUGCUUUCUCUGGGUCUGCAUCCUUGGAGACCUUUAAAUCUAUGACUUUGCCGUCGUACAAAUUGCUUUGCAGUGAAGAAUACCUGGAAACCAGCGCUCCUCCGAGUGUCGAGGUUGUUAAAGAGACCAAAAAAGCGGACCACAAAAAGUCUGCCGUACUCUCUCUGGUCACGGGGAAGAAGGAAGCGGUGAAGACCAGCAGUGCCGAGAAUGUUUCUGACAGGACCCUGCAGGAGGAGGAAAACAGAAUUCCAGAAGAGAAGAGCAAACAAGAGGCCGAACACCGUGAGCUUCCAGCAGAUUCAAGCAGAGGGAAUCCUUCGGAAGACAGUCACCGCGCAGAAGACGUCUUUGCAAAUCAGCAGCCGCUCAACCCUUUUGAGGAAGAACGGAAACCUGAAAAAGCUGCAGCGCCGGCAAAGACCAAAGCUGUCAAGCCCAGACUCCACCCUGUGAAGCCAAUGAAUGCCACGGCAAACAAAUCUCAAAGUAAAAACCUGAAUGUCAUCAGCACGAUGCACGAAAAGCUGCUGGAGGUGAAUCUGAAGAAAUACGAUCCUUCAGAUCCGGCCUAUGCUUAUGCUCAGCUGACACACGAUGAGCUGAUCCAGCUGGUCUUGAAGCAGAAGGAUACGAUUACCAAGAAGGAUCUCCAGGUGCGUGAGCUGGAAGACUACAUUGAUAACUUGCUUGUCAGAGUCAUGGAAGAAACCCCAAACAUUCUUCGUGUCUCAACGUCUGGAAACAAGAAAGCUGGAAAGAUGUGA